UUCAGCAUCCUGUUUUUGUGGAUCCUGGCCGCGGUGAUCACUUCAGAAACUUUUGCCUCUCAACCGGGACCAUGCCGAAAGUUGGUCCAGCAAUUUCCUUCAUCGAAAAUUAAGGGCAGAAUGAUACAUCGAUCGCUUUACCUGGAUACUUUUGAAAAUAGAAAGGCGAAAGCAAAGCCCCUUAGUUUAUGCCUUCACACGAAUUUUCCAAACGCUCUACUGGAGAACUCUACGGUUAUAGGCACCGAUAAUAAGGAAUUUUUGGUUCUCUACCAGUGUCACUACUUUCCCGUUUCAAAAACUAAUGCGGAGUUCGUUAACACUUAUACAAGGCUGAAAACCCCAAACGCAGCUACCUUAGCUAAAAUUUCCGAAGCAUAUAAAAAAAAUGGCCUGCAUGAAAGACAAGUGUUAAAAUUAUGUCAGUAAAACCUAAAAUAAACCACUAUAUUUUGUGCAGCGAAA